GUUCCCGACAUCUCCUUUGGCUUGAACCCGGUGGCUACAGCUGCCGAAUGACAAGUGAAUUUAUCGUUUCCUGAAAACUGUGUUUUAUAUCGAAACAGAAGAACUUCUUCUCACGAACACAGCCAUGAGGAGUCUUUGGACCAAAGCAGGUGUUUUAGGUUCGGUGUCGAUGGCUUUUGGUUCUGUGCUGUGGUCUCAGAAAAAGACUGAAUCAGACCAGGUUGCUUCCAAUUGCACCUCUGCUGACACAAAUCACGCCUCUCCCUACGAACUCAAAUUGGUGCAAGUCCUGUUCCGACAUGGUGCUCGAACGCCACUAAAGUCAAUACCUGAUGUGAUGGAGGUCCAAUGGGUUCCAACGCUCCUGGAGCCUCCAGCGUACACCCACAUCAACUACGUAGUGACAGAUCUUCAUGGUGGCCCAAAGCCCCCAGCUCCUGUAGAAGACAGCUAUCGGAAAAACGUACUGACCGGUGGCACGUUCCCCGGUCAGCUGACCACAGUGGGCAUGCAGCAGCUGUAUGAGCUGGGCAAGAGGCUGAGGAGGAGAUACAUUGAGGAGAGUCAUUUCCUCAGCUCUACCUUUAGCCCAGCCGAGGUCUAUGUGCGCUCCACUAACAUUGUGAGGACCAUUGAAUCUGCCAAAUGCCUGGUAGCGGGGCUCUUCCAACAGAAACAAAAAGAAAUUGUGCCUAUAUUAACAACGGAGGCAGAAUCUGAAAUCUUGUAUCCUAACUACCAUGGAUGCAAGAUGCUCAAAAUCCUUGGCAGCCACCGCUGGGCAGAGUCGUCCACUCUGCCAGACAUUGCAGCCGACCUGCAGAGCAUCCAGAGCGCACUGGGCAUUGCUGCUCACCAGCAUAUUGACUUCAUCCUCAUUAGGGACGACAUGGUUGCCAGAGAGACGCACGGCCUGCCCUGCCCACCAGCACUGGACACCUGGAGGAAUAAAGUGGAACAGAGAGCUGUGGACAUGAUCUGCCAUGUUUACGAACCCAGCAAGAGGGAGAAUUUGCAGCUGUGUGUGGGACCCCUCCUUCACACACUGUUAACCAACAUUGAGGAGAAACUGCAGGGUACCUCAUCAGAGCCAAACAGGAAGCUGUUUUUGUACUCUGCACAUGACACCACUUUGAUUCCCUGUCUGAUGGCCAUGGGGGUGUUUGAUAUGAGGUGGCCACCAUAUGCUGCUGAUAUCACUCUGGAGCUCCACCAACACCAGCAGACCAACAAGGCCUUUGUGAAAGUGUCAUACAUAGGCCAGGAUCAGCUUAUACCAGGUUGUAGUGGAGUCUACUGCCCCCUGGAGGAGUUCAAACAGGCCCUCUCAGCAUACUCACUGAGCUCUGAACUCUACCAGUCACUUUGUAACAACACUGAGGGCUUGACCGAACCCUGAAUCCUCAACAAACCUACACGUCUCAACAUAGUGCUGCCUAUCACAUUACACUCAGUUUUUUUUAACGUUUUCAGUUCUCACUCCAUCCAGCCAUUCUCAGUAAUUAUACCUCACUGUCGGACUACUCCAGGGUAACUUUCUUGGGCACACCAAUGAGUGUUGGAUUAGAGCCUCUUUAAGUUUACAUCAGACUUUUAAUUUCAUAAUUCUUCAUCUCUGUGUAACCAUGGCAGUAAAUUGUUCCAUAUAGGUAAAUUAACUUAAUGAUUAUGGCAUAUUGACAAGUGUAUACGUUGAAUGAUUUUGCUCUGCAGUCUAUGCCUGAUAUCACUUGUAUGAUGCAUAGAUGUAUGUGUGCUUGCACUUAAUCUGUUUGGCUUAAUGAUGAAAGCAGGUGUCACCAACUAAAACCAAUUAUGUCUGCCCAUCUCUCAGUAUCUUCAUACAUCUUUUAAAACAGAUUACAUUUUUUUAAAAAGUAUAAGCAAUUCCCUAAAAUCGCUGGGCACAAGUUUUUCACAAACAGUACCUGAACAGGAAUAAGUUGUGCACUUGACGGGGACUAUGUUCAGCUGCGGAUCGACACAAACUUGUUCUACCGAGUGUUCACGGCACUAGGACAGUCUACGAUAUGUGUGAUUGACUCACAAUUCAGUGCCCAUGUCUGUUACAAAGAAGGAACAUAUCACCCAGUGAUGUGGCUCCUGUAUGUGUUAAACAAUGGACGUUUAAGGAACACUACAUAUAUGGACGUCUUAAAGGUUGACCAAUGUGGUAUCUUCAAUGCCUGUAUUUGAUUGCUGAUGCAAUUAUGCCAAUUUGGUUGUGUUAACAAUCAAAUCUUUAGUUUACGGUCAUUUCACCCCUCAGGGGAAUACUAGGCAUUUUCAUGUACUGUAUCUAAUGUUUGUUAACAAAGGAGGCACAAAGUGGAUUGUACAUUAGUGUGUAGGUGAAUGUCUUCAUAAUCAUGUAGAACCUGCAGAAUGGGAAUAAUUCAGCUGUAGUAUGAAGAGUGAAACACUUGGUUGUCCUCUUGUGGGAAUUUGUUGAUAAUAUCAGACCACAGUAUAAUAGGCAUAAGUACAUGCCCAUUAUAUACACCUGCGUUACUGUGUUACAAUAACACGUAUUGUACCUCAUCAGGGAGUUCCCAUGACCUGUUGCUUAAAAUGUAAAGGUUUGGUUUGGAUUGGUGAGGCAUAAAGAUUUUGAUCAAUGUUGAGUCUCUUUCUUUGGCUCCUGUCCCAUAAGGGUCUAUGUACUAUUCCU